AUGGCAUGCGACAAUGUGAUGCCGCUGCAAAGAGACGGUAGAGUUGUUUACACCACCGCACCACGUGGAGGCCGAUUGAUAUACGCCAUCACCGCGCGGCAGAGCGAACAACACAGACAAGUUACCACGAACGACGCGCGCAAACGACUGGCGGCGGAGCGCGGAGGGGACGCGCGCGGGGCUGUGCCGUCGACCCAGUCGAGGAAUGCGGCUCGCCCGUUCUCGCGUACUUAUUUUUUUGGUCGGUCCGGUAGGGCGCGAGGGGACGCGAACAUUCACUGUGUACUCACAGCUCAGAACGAACCUUGGUGCCUU